GAUUUACAUAUUGGGUGUGCCGUACCUGAGCCUCUCCUACUGGGAGGGGCAACUCCACUAUUCCUCCCCAGUACAUUAGGAAAGCAGGAGUUAACUUAUCUAGUGUGAGGGGUUACUGGAAAGAUUUUACCCUGUCUGCUUCAACCCCCCCACCACCACUCCCCCCUCCUCUCCCCCCUCUCCCCCACCCCACCCCACGAAGAAUGGGGCCUGUGCUCCUCAGGCGUGGAGGUUGCCUCCUGCUAUGGAUGGCCCUUCUCCUGGGAUGCUGGGCCGAGCUUGGCAGCAGCCUAGAAUUCCCAGGAGCAGAGGGCCAGUGGACUCGUUUCCCUAAAUGGAAUGCCUGCUGCGAGAGCGAGAUGAGCUUCAACAUGAAGACCCGCAGUUCCAGUGGCCUGGUCCUUUACUUUGAUGACGAGGGCUUCUGUGACUUCUUGGAGUUAAUCCUGACGCAAGGCGGGAGGCUCCAGCUCAGCUUCUCCAUCUUCUGCGCCGAACCCGCCAUCUUGCUCUCCGACAUGGCUGUUAACGACAACCUGUGGCACACAGUGGUUGUCCGCCGCAAUUUUAAGAACACGACGCUACUAAUCGACCAGACUGAGGCUAAGUGGGUGGAAGUGAAAUCCAAGCGACGGGACAUGACUGUCUUCAGCGGCCUCUUUCUCGGAGGGUUGCCUCCUGAGCUGCGUUCAGCUACUCUAAAAGUAACACUCUCCUCGGUGAAGGACCGGGAACCCUUCAAGGGGUGGAUAACAGAUGUAAGGGUCAACUACACACAGUCUUCGCCUGUGGAGAGUCAAGAAGUGCGGCUGGAUGACGAACAGAGCCACCUGUGCGCCAGGGAUGACGUUUGCCUCAAUGGAGGGGUCUGCUCUGUGCUCAAUGACCAGGCUGUGUGUGAUUGCUCCCAAACUGGCUUCCGCGGGAAGGACUGCAGCGAAGAAGACAACUAUGUGGAAGGUCUGGCGCACUUGAUGAUGGGCGACCAAGGUAAAAGUAAAGAAAUUGCUGCUUUUUUUGCAAAGACUGAAUCCAGAUCCUAUCCAGGAAAAGAAGAAUACAUCGCGACAUUCAAAGGGUCAGAGUAUUUCUGCUACGACUUGUCCCAGAAUCCUAUCCAGAGCAGCAGCGACGAAAUAACUCUGUCCUUUAAAACCCUUCAGAGGAAUGGACUGAUGCUUCACACUGGGAAAUCGGCCGAUUAUGUCAACCUUGCCCUGAAAAACGGAGCGGUCUCCUUGGUUAUUAAUUUGGGCUCAGGGGCCUUUGAAGCGCUAGUGGAACCGGUGAAUGGGAAAUUUAAUGACAAUGCCUGGCAUGAUGUCAAAGUAACCAGAAAUCUGCGUCAGCACUCAGGCAUUGGACACGCUAUGGUGACAAUAUCAGUGGAUGGAAUUCUGACCACGACGGGCUACACACAAGAAGACUACACCAUGUUGGGCUCCGACGACUUUUUCUAUGUUGGAGGCAGUCCUAGCACAGCAGACUUGCCUGGGUCACCAGUCAGUAACAACUUCAUGGGCUGUCUCAAAGAGGUUGUAUACAAAAACAAUGAUGUGCGGCUGGAACUGUCUCGACUUGCCAAACAAGGAGAUCCUAAGAUGAAGAUCCACGGUGUGGUAGCAUUUAAAUGUGAAAAUGUGGCAACCUUGGAUCCAAUCACUUUUGAAACACCAGAAUCUUUUAUCUCUUUGCCAAAGUGGAACGCCAAGAAAACGGGCUCAAUAUCAUUUGAUUUCCGCACCACCGAGCCAAAUGGGCUGAUACUUUUUAGCCACGGCAAACCACGGCAUCAGAAAGAUGCUAAACACCCACAAAUGGUCAAAGUUGACUUCUUUGCUAUUGAGAUGCUUGAUGGCCACCUCUACCUGCUGCUGGACAUGGGUUCUGGUACAAUUAAAACAAAAGCUUUGCAAAAGAAGGUGAAUGACGGUGAAUGGUACCACGUUGACUUCCAGAGAGACGGACGAUCUGGUACCAUUUCCGUCAACACUAUGCGCACGCCAUAUACUGCACCUGGAGAGAGUGAGAUCUUGGACCUAGACGACGACUUGUACCUUGGAGGCUUGCCAGAAAACAAAGCAGGCCUUGUCUUUCCAACAGAGGUCUGGACAGCGCUUCUCAAUUAUGGUUAUGUGGGCUGCAUUCGGGACCUGUUUAUCGAUGGCCAAAGCAAAGACAUCCGCCAAAUGGCAGAAAUCCAGAGCACCUCUGGGGUCAAACCCUCGUGUUCGAGAGAAACAGCAAAGCCAUGCUUGAGUAAUCCCUGCAGGAACAGUGGAGCUUGCAGGGACGGCUGGAAUAGAUAUGUCUGUGAUUGUUCCGGUACAGGCUAUCUGGGCAGAUCGUGUGAGAGAGAGGCAACCGUUUUAAGCUACGACGGAAGCAUGUUUAUGAAAAUACAACUCCCCGUGGUGAUGCACACCGAGGCAGAAGACGUGUCCUUGCGGUUCAGGUCUCAGCGAGCUUAUGGCAUUUUAAUGGCCACCACUUCGAGGGAAUCUGCUGACACGCUGCGCUUGGAACUGGAUGCAGGACGAGUUAAGCUAACAGUCAACCUAGACUGUAUCAGGAUUAACUGUAAUUCCAGCAAAGGUCCAGAAACCCUUUUUGCUGGCUAUAACCUCAAUGACAAUGAAUGGCACACAGUACGUGUAGUUCGAAGAGGAAAAAGUUUAAAGUUAAUGGUGGAUGAUCAACAAGCCAUGACAGGUCAAAUGGCUGGCGAUCACACAAGACUCGAAUUCCAUAACAUAGAGACGGGGAUCAUAACAGAGCGCCGCUACUUGUCCUCAGUCCCCUCCAACUUCAUUGGCCACCUACAAAGCCUCACCUUUAACGGCAUGGCAUACAUUGACUUGUGUAAAAAUGGGGACAUUGAUUACUGUGAGCUCAAUGCCCGCUUUGGCUUCAGGAACAUCAUCGCAGACCCGGUCACCUUUAAGACAAAAGCCAGCUAUGUCGCCCUGGCCACAUUGCAAGCUUAUACCUCUAUGCACCUGUUUUUCCAAUUCAAAACAACGUCAUUGGAUGGGUUAAUACUCUACAACAGCGGAGAUGGAAAUGACUUUAUCGUGGUUGAGUUAGUGAAAGGGUAUUUACAUUACGUGUUUGAUCUGGGAAAUGGUGCAAAUCUUAUCAAGGGAAGUUCCAAUAAACCUCUGAAUGACAACCAGUGGCACAAUGUGAUGAUAUCGCGGGACACCAAUAACCUCCACACAGUGAAGAUUGACACAAAAAUCACAACACAGAGCACAGCAGGAGCAAGAAAUCUGGAUCUUAAAAGUGACUUGUACAUCGGAGGCGUAGCAAAAGAAACCUACAAAUCCUUGCCCAAGCUGGUCCAUGCGAAAGAAGGGUUUCAAGGCUGCCUGGCCUCCGUGGAUCUGAACGGCCGCCUCCCGGAUUUGAUCUCGGAUGCUCUGUUUUGUAACGGGCAGAUAGAACGCGGAUGUGAAGGCCCCAGCACAACAUGUCAAGAGGACUCGUGUGCAAACCAAGGAGUCUGCUUGCAGCAAUGGGAUGGGUUCAGCUGUGACUGUAGCAUGACCUCUUUCAGUGGAACGCUGUGUAAUGACCCGGGAACGACAUACAUAUUUAGCAAAGGGGGUGGACAGAUCACGUAUACGUGGCCUCCCAAUGAUCGGCCCAGCACACGAGCAGAUAGACUGGCAAUAGGUUUCAGCACAGUUCAGAAAGAAGCCGUCUUGGUGCGAGUGGAUAGCUCUACUGGGCUCGGAGAUUAUCUAGAGCUACACAUCCACCAAGGAAAAAUUGGAGUUAAAUUUAAUGUUGGAACAGAUGAUAUCGCAAUUGAAGAGGUCAACGCAAUCAUUAAUGAUGGGAAAUAUCACGUAGUACGUUUCACAAGAAGUGGUGGUAACGCCACAUUACAGGUGGACAACUGGCCAGUUAUAGAACGCUACCCAGCAGGAAACAAUGAUAACGAGCGCCUGGCGAUUGCUAGACAGCGAAUUCCAUAUCGGCUUGGUCGAGUAGUUGAUGAAUGGCUACUCGACAAAGGGCGUCAGCUCACAAUCUUCAAUAGCCAAGCGACAAUAAAAAUUGGAGGCAAGGCGGGCCACCCAUUUCAGGGGCAGCUUUCUGGACUCUACUACAACGGCUUGAAAGUCCUCAACAUGGCCGCUGAGAGCGACACCAACAUAGUGAUAGAAGGAAACGUGAGACUCGUUGGUGAAGUGCCUUCCUCUAUGACAACUGAGUCAACCGCCACUGCAAUGCAGUCUGAGAUGUCCACGUCGGUCAUGGAAACCACCACCACUCUGGCGACAAGCACAGCUAGAAGAGAGCCACCAACAAAAGAGCCCAUUGGCCAGACCACGGAUGACAUCCUGGUGGCCUCAGCCGAAUGUCCCAGCGACGAUGAGGACAUUGAUCCCUGUGAGCCGAGCUCAGCGAGCCCCACCAAGCCUGGGAGAGGAGGAUACCCAAGUACAGACGAAGUGGUCCGGGAAUCCAGCAGCACAACCGGCAUGGUGGUUGGGAUUGUGGCGGCAGCUGCUCUGUGUAUCCUCAUCCUUCUCUAUGCCAUGUACAAGUACAGGAACCGGGAUGAGGGCUCCUAUCAUGUCGACGAGAGUCGAAACUACAUCAGUAACUCAGCACAGUCCAACGGGGCUGUGAUUAAGGAGAAGCAGCCCAACAGCUCAAAGAGCUCCAACAAAAAUAAGAAAAACAAGGAUAAGGAGUACUACGUCUGAUCCCGACGGCUUGAGGAGAAAGAACAAUUGUAUAGGAAUAGUCUUCAUUUUAUCUGAGACGUAAAAGAACGAAAACUUAUUUACUUUACUUUUUAUGAAGCACAUACAAAGUUUAAAAAAAAUAAACGGGAAAAAAGAACACAGGGAAUGCAAUCAGAAAGGAAAGACUUUUU